AUGAUGAGAUCAAACCAGCUUGAGCGACUUCUUGUUUUCAUCUUCAUUCUUUCCCCAACACUGCUAGUACUAGUAACACAUGCCAAGUCCACAAUAGAAGCAUGCUCCUCUUCAGACUCCUGCACCUCUCUUCUCUCCUACAUUGUCCCUUGGGACUCAAAAUUCUCUGAGAUUGCUUACCGCUUCCAAGUCAAUGUCUUUGAUGUCUUGGCUGCAAACUCCAUUAACUUGACCAUUCCAUCACCAGGCAACCAAAUUCUGCAGGCAAAAUCUCUGCUCAAAAUUCCCAAUUCGUGUGCUUGCGUGGAUGGGAUCAGACGGUCUAUAAUAGCCUACACUGUGAAGGCAGCUGACAGCUUGGAUCUGAUAUCAGAAGGGUAUGGGGGGCUUGUUAGUGCAGAACAAAUUAGGACCAUGAAUAGGAUUGGUUCCGAGAAUCCAUUGACGAGCGGGCAGAGCAUUAUGAUACAGUUGCCAUGUACGUGCUUUAACAAUACUAACAAUGGGGUUGCCUCUGUGUACAUGUCAUAUGUGGUGCAGAGUGGGGAGAGCUUGAGCAGCAUUGGACGGGAAUUUGACGCAACUUUGAAGCAGUUGGUGAGCAUCAAUGGCCUCGAUCAACCGCGGGUCGAUCCCGGAGACAUAUUGGCUAUUCCAUUUUCAGCAUGUUCAUCAGCAAAUCUGCACUGGUACAAUGAGAGCUUAAUAGUUCCAAAUGGUUCAACCGCCUUAACUGCCAACAACUGCAUAACGUGCUUUUGCAGACCAAGCAGUCUCAAGUUGCAUUGUUCUCCAUCUGGCAUCGUCGCCUCAUGCUCUCAUCUGCAGUGCAAAGAAUCUGAUCUUUUCAUUGGCGAUGUGUCUAUCCAACAAAAUGCUAUUGGUUGUAAUGUCAGCACAUGUCUGUAUCGAGGCCACAAUGGCCGCAAGAUUUUCAGGAGUUUGAAAAAUUCUACUCAUGCCAACUGCUCAGGUAAUAAUCCCCUUACUCCGGUAGCUACCAAUGUAUCAGAUGGAGAAGAUUACAGCGCAGGCCAAUCUCCAAAUCCUAUAGUUCCAUGUAUAUCACUAUCUCCAUCACCGUUGCCAUCUUCUCAUCCACCAAUGGGAGCAAGUGCUUAUGGUCCUACCAGCACACACAACCCAAACAUUCCUAAUUACAGCACAUUGCUUACUCAUGCUCCAUCCUACAGUUUGUUGAGGCUCAACCACGGCAAUGAUGCAGACAGAAUGUCACAACCAGCAAUGUAUGUAUAUAUGUUUGGCAAAGUCUAA